AUCCUUCGGUUCAGCGUCCGUCAACUGGACCGUUUCAAGCACCCCAAGCUACUCACACUCUAUCACCCCAUCGAAGAGGCAAAUGAGACGCUGGCUUUCGCGACGGAGCCAGUGCUGGGCAGUCUGGCGAACAUCUUGGGCUGCAUGGAGGACCGUCUCCCGCAGAAUUUGCCUUCCGAAGUCCGAGAUUAUCAGUUUCUCGACAUGGAGAUCAAGUACGGGCUACUGCAGUUGACUGAGGCUUUGUCCUUUCUCCACUAUUCGUGCAAAUUGAUUCACCGGAACCUGUGUCCCCAAUCGGUGAUCGUCAACAAAAGAGGCACCUGGAAGUUGGCUGGUCUCGAAUUCACCGAGAAAUGCAACGAGAACGACCUACUUAGCCCCGUAAGCUGUCAGCCAUUCACGUCGAAGCUUCCGAAGAUGGGUCAACCAGACUUAGACUACACGGCCCCCGAAGUUCAAGCCACUUCGGCCUGUUCGCCCCUGUCCGAUAUGUUCUCUCUGGGUCUCCUCAUCUGUUCUGUCUUCAACGGCGGACACUCCGUCAUUGAAGGAAACCUCUCCACAACCACCUACCACAAGCAGCUAGAGCUGCUGGAAAGCAGUGUUCAUAAUAUGCUGGACAGGGUACCACAUCAUCUUCAAGAACCCCUUCAAGGAUUGUUGCAAGUAGAUCCCAGGAGAAGGCCAAAUGCACAAAACUUCUCGAUGAUCAAAUACUUCAUGGACCCGGCGGUGCAUGGACUCCAGUACCUGGAUGUGAUUCAGAUGAAAGAUUCUACGCAUAAGUCCCACUUCUACCACAGUCUCAAAACAACGCUGCCCAACAUCCCCAAGAAACUGUGGUGGCAGCACGUGCUUCCGUCACUGAAGAUGGAGCUUCAGUCGCCGGAAGUGCUGGCCGCGGCGUUACAGCCCCUUCUGUUCAUAAUUGAAGAGAGCACCACGGAAGAGUACCAGUCCAUCAUCCAUCCCGUCUUCAAGGCCGUCUUUGGAAUGCCCAAAUCGGUUCAGGCCACGGUAACCCUUCUAGAAAACCUCGAAGUGAUCCUGAAGAAGACACCUAAAAAUGAAAUCAAAUCCGACGUUUUGCCUAUGCUGUACAACUCAUUUGAUUCUACAACGCCACAGAUACAGUGUGCAGCAAUGCACGCCAUUGCGCAGAUUGCUGACUACCUCGAGGAGACCGCUGUUCGCAAGAUGGUCCUUCCAAGGACUAAACAAGUCUUUGAAAAUAACUCGGGGAUUAAGGUGCAAGCGAACGCGUUGACGUGCAUAGAAAAGAUUAUCGAUAAACUAGAAAAAACGGAUAUCCUGGACGAGGUGUUACCCAUGUUGGGAAAGGCCAAGUUGCAAGACCCGGCUAUAUUGAUGCCGGUAGUUAGGAUAUACAAGCACAUGCUGAGCGACAAACGGUAUGGGCUGACAGUGAAUCUGCUCGCGACAAAGGUCAUGCCGGCUCUGAUCCCAGUCGUAGUUAGUCCUGCUCUGAGGCUCGAUCAGUUUGCCAGCCUUAUAGAGCUCUUGCAAGAAAUGUUGGAGCAUGUGUCCAGGAGUCAGCGGAACAAGCUCAAGCUUGAGAAGCUGUCCAUACCUUCGACAGACAUCGAACUGUCGCCGGACGAAGCUGAACAUCGACUGAUUCACCCACCGGAUAGGCUUCCAGUGCAAAUGCAAUACACAAUGGAGCAGCCCACGGGAUACCCUCAUCGCCCUCCUUCCUUAAGACUCGAAUCGAGACGCACUUCCAUCAGCAUGGAUGAUGUGGUUCGAAGAACGUGCAGUUCAGCUUCGUCGUCACCAGAUUCCAACUUGCUACGAGUGCAGGCAACUUUACCAGGGCGGAGGCACUCGGACAACACGAUCCAGCCCCCUCGGAUCCUGGUGGCCCCCUGUUCCCCAGAGGGGACUGUAAGCUACACCCCGGGAGGCCUCCCCAUCCGCAGGCACUCCAGUGUCGGGACGCAGGACUCGCGUUUUUCGGGACUGUUCAGCUCGCCCAAGAUAACGAGCCCCAACCUGGGUGUGGAUUUCUUCAACUCCAGCCGAGCCAACAUGAGACGCUACUCGGCUGCCGCUGUCUGCGGUGCCGGAUUGCCCAACGCCGCCAAUCAGGCUUCUAGCUUCCUGCAGCAAAUUGGCUCUGGUGUUUCGCAGCUGUUCUCCAGCAAGUAAAGCAAUGCCCGUAAGCUCCAGUCGGAGGCGGCCCUAAACAACUGCCCAGGAGAAAUCGGACAGCAUCCCGAGUCCCGAGAUUGCGAACAAACUCGAUGCCGACCUAUCUGCGAUCCUCGAACCCACCUCGGCACCCCUGGACACCACCUCAAGGCCUCCCUCCGCGUAUUCGUCGACUACUUGCCAAAGCCACAACCAGCCCCGCGUUGCCUUUCGCCUCAUGUCGCCGAACUAGCAAUACUACUUCUGGGCUUGUGACACCCGUCAUCUUUCUUGGAUUGCUAGUGACCAAAGACGUCAUCCCUGGUAUAUGUCAGUGUGUUGUGCCUCUGCUCUUUGAGUAGUAUAGAAUAGCGUACGGUGGUAUCUGCGGCUAACGGUGUUCCUCUCAUCCUGUGUCACGUCUUACCGAAGCGUAUAUGAACGGCACACCAUAGGCUGUAACUGGUGUGACAUAUAGGUUCUUAAUCUCUAUCUCUCCCUCUCUGCUAGGGCACUUCUAAAGUUCUCAUUAGAACACUUAUCAGGUAACAUUCAAGUAUUACCACCAUCCAUGGCACAAGUAUAUACACCAUGUAGCCACAGUUAAUCUAUGCUGUACAAAAAGACGCGGGAACGGGAACGCGCUCCGCGAAAGAAACCGGAAAUUGCGACUUGUGACAUCACUCCCGCAUCUCUCAUUCAUAUCGCCUUUAUAAGUCACAACCCUUCUGGUGGAGUGUGAAUAAACAAGGGGGGGAGACAGAGCGGUCGGAUGAAAAGGGCAGCGUUGUUUCCUCCGUCGUGAUGUCUACCCAGUGUCGCUAAGCAAUGCAACAAUUAUAUAUUCCGUAUUCAGCGGAAUAGUGCAGUUUCGUAAUGGUGGGCUCCUAGCGAAGUAGCAUCACUAUUACUCCAAUGUAAGGAGGAAGGAAGACAACGUCUUUCGGCCAUUUUGAAGAUUAAAGACGGGAGUUUUCUGUCAAACACGUUGCUUACCCAUGUCAGCACAACGCUCAUGAGUUUUUGUUUGUUUGUUUUUGUUUUCCAUAUUUGCAUACUGAAGGUGUGGUAUAGUGAAGCGUUCAUAAAAAAAAAACUAUUUUUAGUUGAACAUCUGAAUGCAGGUGGAAUUCAAAGAUAGCACCGGAUCCAAUUUGAUAUUGUGAGAAGCAUUUAACCGAGAACAAGCCAGACCCUAAAUUUAAUAUAAAGUACUUCCUCUCAUUUAUAAAAGGUGUCUCCUUGGGAGACAGCUAUCAGUAGGCUACCAUCAUCGAGGCAAUAAUGAACUUUGACAUUUCAGCUUCCCUUCCUCCUUACAACUAGAAAUAAAUCUGCUCGCGUUGCUCAUGUGAACAUCCUUACUUCUUCUCUUCAGCACCAUAUGAAAGACAUCCCUGUCGCUCAAAUUAACUGAGAUGUUAUUCCUCCUCUGUCUGCAAUCGCUAAAACUACUAAGCCACGGCAGAUAAACAAGCAAUGAGGGAAAAUGCAAAGCAACGCAAAUUGCUAACUUAUAUUGUGAAUGUGUUGAUUUUUUAUAUGUUUCUGUCUGACACUGUUUGUGCUGCAAUUGUCUUGGGGGAAAAUAAUGACGAUGGCCAUGAGUCUAUACAGCUUUCUCUCUCUCACAAUAGCUACGUUUUCAUCGAUUCUGCGCAGUACUCCGAUUUCAAAAUUACGUUAUAUAACGCACGAAGAUUAUAGUUAGGGUUGAUUCCAUCCGUGACGCAUGAACACGUGACACAGUGGGUGCACACAAAGAAGAAGUCACGCAGGCAUUAUGCAUACCCAUUCCACCUUGUCAAACCUCAACAAUUAUCCAGUCAUUAUUGGAGAUAUACCUUUAACCCAUAACAUGCAAGAUAUAGCCACAUGAGGCAGAGAUUGAUACGAGUGUACAGAUAUUACGUUAUAUACCCAAUCACAAUGUCCUUUUCUAUGCCCUUAGGUCCCAUACUGAUUGACCCCCCUGCCCUCCCUUUCCAACGACGUUGUCUGCUUGAGAAUGUCCCCCUUUGUGAGUACUUUUUUUCCCUAGUGUAGAUUCGACUUGAAUGGUGUACGGCCUGCGUGUUUCCGUUAUCGUGACAGAGCUCUAUGCAAGCGUGCUUUAUGUACAAAUGACUAACCUGAAGUCCGCGUUGUUUAGCCUUCAGACGUUUUCUCCUGAUCUGACAUCCGAUGGGUCCUCCUCUCAACCGUGUUUGUCAUAAAAUUGUAUGCCCUUUAACGCGCUUUAUUCGGAGAGUUGGUGUUUCGGCCUGUAUUCGACGUAUCUGACAAUCCUUGCAUGGAUGUAACGUAUCUAGAAGGUGUCUAGAGUCCGAAGCCCGAAAAUGAAAGCCAUGUUUCUUUCGCGUUCACUGCUGCCCUCCAAGGUGUGGAAUCUUCUGAGGUUAAUCAAAAAUGUGCCGCUUGCCUGAAAUCUCGAGACGCUCCGCAGACAUCUCGUACUGGCAGUGUCGCCGGCAGAAACUUUGGACAGAACGCCUGUAGUGAACAACAACAACAUGACAUAGAGCAGAAGAACGCAAGAGGACAAGCAGGUCCAAUUGCUCGUCGCCAAAAUGUGGCGUAGAAGAUGAACAGCCUUUAUUACAAUGAUGUCGACGCAUAUAUCCAGGUGGUUGGAUGCUAAUGACGAUGAGGAUUAACAUGACAAACAUGUGGCGACACCACAACGCCCAAGUACAGCGCACCAGGGCCAUAACGGAGCCGUAGAACGGUGACGUGCUCUGUGCCUGGCAGUGUCGCUUUGUGCGACACUGUCGGUGGAAGAUACUCGCAGGGCGCCUUGAGAUUUCUGACAAGAAUGUCGCAAGCAGUGCAUCCCUUGUUACAGACUGUUUGAAUGACAGCUCCGCCAUAUAACACAGAGCUUUCUUUACAUUAGGUAAGAGUGCAUGGAGCUCGCGCGAUUGGCAUUUGUUAGCUUAUUGGUGCAUAUCCGGAGGAAGCUCACGCAAUGAGAAAUUUGGUCGGGACUGCGCUGUCAUGUCAAAUGCAUAAUGACGAUUGUGAUCACGCGAACGAAGAUCAUCAAUCAGAAGUAAGAUAGACGCGGAAUUUCGGGAUACCAUACAUUUUACAACUAUACUUACAAGACGGACAUUGGUCAUUGUGUAUGAUAUUGUUUUCACAAACAUGAUAAGGUGUGGCCUUUUCCCCGUGUUUCACACAUUUGACGUCAUUGAUAAUGAAAUUGUACAGUAUAAUCACGGUCUAGAACACCUCCAGUACUACAAAAUACCCAGGUAUGAUAAAUGUGAAAUUUUUUUUUAGCUUCAAAUAGUACAAUAAUACAAGGCCAGUUUCGUCACGCAACCAACGCGAACACUGCAGCUUUACUUUUCAGGUACAUUUCUGUUUUUCACCUCUCGAAAAAAAAAAAAAAAAGAAUGUCCAAUCACAAAUAAUUACAUCGUGUUUGAAGCUCCCGCAUGGGUGGUGCACACAGCCUGCGACUAAGCGUCGUUUAGAGCGCCCCCUGUUGACCACUACUCCAACUUCAACUUGCUGGAAGAUGUCCGGUGUCACCGCUAAUGACAACAACUUGUACGCAUCCUUUUCAGCCACGGUUUUAAAUAGUGUCAUCCCGCGAGCGCAUGACAUACGCAAGAAACCUUUACCGUCGUGUUGUGUGGUGAAACACCCCGCUCAAGUGGCGACAUAUUAUAGUCUGUAAACUGAGAAUGGCAACGAACUCGUGCAUCAAAAGCAAGAGCUGUGGGAAGUACGUCAUUGGACCGGGCUAGAGUCACUAAAUAGGCUUCGCUUCAGGGUAUCGACACUGAGGUCCAAGUGAGAGCAGCAGCGCCAUCUUGUUUCCGCACCACACCGGUAUCAUCCCCAUUUGAGGAUCAAAGAUGGCUGACAUAAAGCUCCCUGUCGGAUAGAGAAGCGUGUAUGAUUGUUGUGCGAUAAUCCAUGUAUUGUCGACCAGAGCGUUCCGAGGAUGUCAAGGUGAGCUCGAAGCCGUCAACUGCUGCUUGCAAACGAGAGGAACAUUUCACCCGCGAACGAUAGAUGGCAUCGUGCGCUAAAGUGCGCAUUGCGCGUGCGUAGCGUGGCGCGAAAACAAGAUGGCGCAUGCUCGCUCUUGGAACUCAGUGUCGAUACUCUGAAGCGUAUAGCUUAUUUAGUGACUCUAGUGGGCUCUAGACCGGGCGCAUUACACCGGAAGUCGGUGUGAUGUCAUUUGUGCAGUGACGUCUUGCCAUCUUCUUUCCUUUGGAAAACAUUCACUUUUGUCUCCGCGCGCUCAUGAAAGAAAGAUUUGCCUGUUCGAAGAUAAGUUUCGUGCCAGCAGUUGUGUGUUUUGUCGCAUAAUGUGGCGCUGUGUUACAAGUACAACACGUGAGUAUAAAAAAAAGAAAGAAAACAAAACGAAUUAAUCUCGUUAUCAGGCCACACGAUUUGUUGGCGCAAUACUUCGAUGAUUAUAAGCAAAAAAAGUGUUCAAACUAUAGACAUUAGCAUUGAAUGCCACUGUCCCAUACUACUAAGUAACAUGACGUCGAAUCUGGCGUCGCUUGUUUACUGACCAAUGUGUCGUGAUGAAAGCUAAUCGAGUCCAAACUAAAUAAAUCGAGGCCGGCGAACCAGCGUAUCUGCUAUUCAAUGGUUCCUAUCUCCAAGUGCUUUAUGCUGCGUUGCCGAGAAGGAUGACAUUACAAAUGUCAGCCUUUUUUUUUUUCAAGCUGCUUCACAGCUUUUUUGUUUCAUCUCCACAUGAAAAAUAUGAAAAUAAACUAAAUUUAAUUUAAUUCAAAAAUGCAUGUUAUAAAACAUCCUCUAAAUAGUCCUCCUCUAUAAGUCAUCCUCUAAAAUCACCCACUGCGCCACCAUAGGUAACGCAUCAGAGUAACGCCUCGUCGCAUUCAUUGAUAACUCGCACAACUACUGGUACGACACUGAACAGGGAAUAGCCCUUAUACAUGCUUUCUUGUUGGGCCAUCAUGAAUAGUUGAGGAGGUCAACGAAAAGGAGUGCAGCCUAAAAUGUGCCACAAAAGAAUUUUGGCUGAAACCGAAACCGAAACCACAUACAACGCAUUAUUAUAACUAGGAACAUUUAUACGUGAGAAAUUGCAGUGGUAUUUAAUCCUAACCACAACUGUAAGCAGGACACCUGUGUCACGGUAACGAGGUCCAAGUGGAAACUAUUUAGGAGAGAGAUCCGCAAAAUUUUGGAUACGAAAUUUAUUUGAGUGACUUUUAACCUAAAUUUAUUUAUUUAUUUUGAUUUACUAAUAACUACCUAAUUAAUAAGUAGGCUAUUAAAUGAAUUACGUCAGCUGAAUUAGUUUCAUCCUACGCUAUAUAACGUCAAAAUGGUGUAUGGCAGCCACACAAACAAUCAGGAAGACAUAAUUUCUACAUCAAAGAACGGUUCACGAAAAUCACGAAAAUAUGUAGAAUGUAUAUAGAUAUAUGCAAGAAAUUGUAGUAGUGUCACUUAGUAGUGUCGAAUCCGUAUAUAACGAAUUCGAAUGGAAUCAAAAGAUAGCUUAGUAAAUGGAAAAGUGUGUAUACAUAGAAACAUGCUUCGCUGUCAGCGGGUGUUGAAGCGCUGUUUUGAUGGUUCGAUAUGAAGAAAAAUUCGGAACACUCGGAUUCGAUAUAAUCGAUUUCGACCAUAUGGUUAUUUUCACACUUUUGGCUCAUUGCUCUCUUUCGCUGACCUCCUAUGAGGGUCCGACAGGAAAGAUGUAAUGAGCGUCAUUAACCCCCGACAUAUCGUAAGCUUGAAUCGUUAAUGUCUCGUUGAAAUGUCUAUCUCUGUUGGAUAACCCCCGGGAAACUCGUUCUGGUUUCGAACCAAGAACUCGCAGGUCUAUACAAUGAUGAUUGUUAUAAGAAAAGUAAUGUGCACUCCUUAUCCUAACAGCAAACAGGCUUCAUGUUGUGCCUGUUAUCGAAAGAGGCUACCCGAUAAUAUUACUGGCAGUAGACAUUGCCAGAUGAGCACGUUGGACACCUUCUCUUUAGGUGAAAUGUAGACUACGUUUCUCGAAUGGGAAAAAAAAAUAAUGUAUUCACACUUUGAAGGAAAGUAUAUCCUUUGUUAAAAAAAUAUACGCCGACAAAAAUAAGCAAUGCUGUACUUCGUGGUGUAACUCCCAAGUUCGAAGCCCUCUCGAAGGCAUAGCCGCUAACCGAAAACCCAAAAAAAAAGAGCGACACUCCGAAAGUCGCUCUCCAACUCUGUGUUUUGUCGAGUGCAUCCUCCUUUGAUUGCUGUGGUGAUGGUGUGGUGAUUUUUUGCAAAUACGUCCCCCGAUUUAUGUGUCCAGAGUCUAUAUAUUAUACAUAUUUGUAAAUAGCGUACGUGUGCCGUUAGUGUGAUCGCCUAUUUUCGGCUUAUUGUUUUCAUCAUCACCGAGAACCUUGUGACGUUUCUUGCUCUGGAGAACUUUAGUCGCAUGGUGAUCUUGUGACGUAGCUGUUGCUCGAUGCUGGUCUGAGAUGUAUUUGUUGGGUGUCUUUUUUCUCAAUACGUUUCAUUGCCAUAUAUGCUAAUUGAUGCGACUACUAUGCAGUGUGGAAAUAGAUGUGCUGGUUUGAGGAAGUUCAUUGUGGUGGAAAGGGCUGUCUCGUGUAUUCACACGUAGUUAAAUCUGGCGCAUGCUGCUGUCGUCUUUACUGCUGCUACUUAGCGGUUUUCCAAUUUCUUCACUGAAUGCUGCCUAUAUACUAAGUUAGCCAUAAAUUACUGCAUACAUAAUUUAAAAGAGAAAAAGUCCUAACUUAAGGUGAAGGUUAAUGUGAGAGUUAGUCACGCAUUUAGACACAAGUAUUAUAACAAAGUACCCGUAUUGUGGUUACGAGUAAAUUUUUCGUAUAUAAGGUGGAAGUUCCAACCCCAUUGAGCUUUAUGUAAAGUGCUGUAGUGGAGAAAAGCUUAAUAGAAGUUAGUAAUAACUUACGAGUUUCGCAUUAUAGUACUAUUUACCUGAUAGGGAAGCUACGAGGUACAUGGAGACGCUUGCUUUACAACUGAUUUAUCCUCCGAUUAGCGGAAACUUCUAGGGCGGUUGUAAACCAUGAUAGUAAGUGUCGACAUGACCGAAGUAUGAUUACCAGUUUCACGUAAUGGUACA